GUUUUACGCAUAAAAAUCGGUAAAACCGGGGUUUUUCUAGCAAAUAUGUCGGCACAAAUGCAGCUACAACGACCGUCAGUUAAGACGCAUACAACAGGAUCAACAUCACAACAAUUGAUCCAAACGAUGAUAGAAGCGUCAUUUGGGUGUAUUCUAUAUGUUAGGUGAAUUCUGCGCGUUUUUAUCGUAAUAUAUGCGUGGUUAAAUGGGGAUAAUAGGGGACUUUUCCCAGAUGAUAAUUUUUCAGAGGAAAGAUACAACCAAAAGUCGAGUAAAACGUCUAUUGUAGCGAAUUCAGGAACGAGGAUUAUGAGGAUAAAAAGAGGGUUUUCAGAAGAGGCGGAUUUAUUAUUGGAUUAUCUGGUUUUUCAGGGAAUUUUAUAUAAAAUUAUAAAUUUAUAAUUAUUCAGAAUCAAGGGGUUUAUGAUGCAUUAUCGAAGAAAUAUUUAAGAUCGAUAUUAUUUGCCAUAUAUUUUGAUCCGAAUGAUUCGACGAAUAUUUUUGAGUCAUAUACGUUUAAUUUUGCAUAUUGUGGACAGGAUAAAAGGCCUAUUAUGAGUGUUGUUAAUUCUAAAGGGGAUAAACAAAGUUUUGGUGUAGAAGAGGAAUAUGCGAAAAGAUGUAUACAAUUAUUGUUAAGGAAUUUGAUUACAUUGACACAAAAUCUUUCUCCUUUGCCAGAGAAUAAAAAUCGAUAUAUUACAAUGAAAUUGUUUUAUACGGAUGCAACGCCUCAGGAUUAUCAACCUCCAAUGUUUCGUGAUUGUACAAUGGAAAAGCCGUUUACAUUUGCAGUAGAUCCGGAAAAUACUAAUUUUUAUAAGCAAACGGCAGGAUCUAUUGAUACGGGGUUUCAUGCGAUAACCCUUAAAAUUACAAGUAUAGCUGAUGCCGUAUCCGAAUGUAAAAGUUUUGAAGAAUAUCAGGAUAAACAAGUGAAAACAAUAAGCGCUGAAGCAGAUAUUUCUGAGGAAAAGCCUUUGAAAGAUUCUCCAAAAGGGGAUAAUAUUAUUAUUUUAGAUUCGCCGAAAAAACAUCAAUCUUGUCCAGAACUUUUGCCAUCUUUACCUAAAAAUAAUAUACCUAAACAAUCAUUAAAAUAUGUCGAUGAGCGUUACGAAAAGGAGGAUGCGGCUAUUAAAGAAAUGCUUACAACACAUACUCAAGAUUCGGGAUUUGAAGCUACACAGCCUCUUGAAUUUAACUUUUCUCAAUUGACACAAAAUGCAUCUUGUGUUCGGUCAAAGUCAUCAUUUGAGGAUGGAGAUAAGGCAAAAGUCGAUAAAAUAUGCGAAAAGAACUCGAAAAAAUCGGAAGUAACCAAGAUCGUUUCUGUAGAAAAAAAUUUAUCCAAAUUAACCCUGAAUUUUCGAAAAGCAUUUGAGCUUAAUGAGGAAAAAAAGCGUUUAUGUUGUCUCAGAAAUACCGUAAAAGGUUCCGCUAAAGAUAAUGAUGUAAUACGUUGUGAAUGUGGAGAUGUUUCCGAAGAUAGUGGUGAUAUGAUUCAAUGUUAUGUAUGUCAAUCAUGGGUUCAUGCAUGGUGUUAUGGUUUUAUAUCUGGUAAGGAUGAACGUUUGCCUGAUGAUCAUUCUUGUUAUUCUUGUCUUCUUCGUAAAUUCGAGCCUGUUUUAUACGAAAACAUGAAGGAUCUAGCAUUGUUCAGAAGAGCUCUUAUGAUUGUAUGGGAAGAAGGGUUACCCGAAAAUAAUUCUGAAUUUUCAAACAGAUUGGGAUGUAGUCGUCAAAAUGCAUGUCGAGUUUUGAAAAGACUUUUGCAAGAAGGAUUUAUAGCGAAUAUCACUCAAAAUAAAACUUCGAAAACGAAUUCUGCAAAAAAAAAUGGACGUUCAAAUAUGAAUGAUGAAAUGGUUGUUGUAAAAAAUGCUGAAAAUAAACAUCGCUUAUUUUCAGAAUAUUUUCAACCUCUUUUAAACAUUAGUCAUCAUUAUGAAAAAGGUAAUGAUGACACUUCAUUUCAGAAUGAUAAAUCUCUAAAUCCUAAUGCUUCUAUUGAUAACUCAAUACCCAUAAAUGCACUUUCAAUUGCCAAUUCAUCUGAUAUUAACUCUUUAAAAGGCUCUAAUUUUAAUAUAAAUGCUAUUCCGCUUUCAGAAUUACAAGAUGCUAAUAUACCAAAAGAAUUUUGUACUAAAGAAAUUAAUGAUAUUAAUUAUAAUAAUGCUGAGCUUGAUACAACAGAUGAUGAAGAUCUUUCUACUCAAAGCAUAGUUAAAAAAUCAUAUUUAACAGAAUCUACAAAUUUAAUUAAUUCAAAUACUGGUUUUAACUUGCAAAGACAUAAUACUAUUGAUAAUCUUAAGGCUCAUACUAUGUCUCAUAUAAACCAGAUUUCUAAAAAGAAUAAUAAACGAACUCGUUUACAUUUUCCUGAUGAAAAUUUCGAUGCUGAAACUAAAAAAAGAAAAUCCAGUGUUAUCUUAAAACCAAUUUUAGUAUAAGUAUGCUUUCAAUUAACAGGGAUUUUAUUGUGGUAUUUGUAAACAU